AUGUCCGAUACUAAUGUGCAGUCCUUCUGGAGCGCAAUCAUACCUGGACUGCUUUCGAACUUGGCUCGGUCUCAUCACAAUCAAGAAGGCGUUAUUCAGCCCAGAUGGUUCUUUCGCCGUUGGCGUCUCCUACUUCUCAUUUUUAUCGCUCUUCUCCAAGUCUUUGCUUGGAUAGCCCUCGGCAUAUAUCACUUGGUCACAGACAAGGACGACUUCCGAACCACGAGCUUUUCCAUCGUGAUUGGCACGAUGUGGCUAUACAAUCUUCUGAAGCCUGUACUUAGUCCAAGACGCACCGCAUAUAUCGACCUUUUCGUCCUCUAUACUAUUCUCCUGGGCUUCGGUGUCAUCCGUAUCGGAAUUUCCAUUUACCAUUUCGGAGCCGCUCCUCUUACGAUUCUGGAAUGGAUCGGCAUGUCCCUCAAUCUCAUGGCGAUCACUGCAGGUCUGGGGGUCAUAUGUACCAUGCCACUGACAAAUCCACCUGACGACCUUCGGCGAGAAAUCUAUGUCCGGCGUUCACCCGAGGAUUACGCCAGUAUCUUUGAGUGGGCCACUUAUAGCUGGGUAUACCCCCUCAUCAAAAUUGGAAACACUAGGGAAAUGAAACCCGAAGAUGUUUGGGAUCUAACCCCAGCUAUGCAGUCCGAAUCGAUCUUCAAAGAAUUCAGCACUACCAGAGCGGAAACACUUUGCCGACGAUUGUGGGCCCCCAACUUCAGUGACCUGUGUCUUGACAUCCUCCUCACUAUAGUCACCGUGCUGCUGAGUUAUGCCGCGCCCUAUUUCCUGUACCAAAUUUUAAAUCUGAUUGAGAACCCUACCCGAGAAAGCCGUUCGAAGGCCUAUGCACUGGCGUUAGUUGCAUUUGUUUGUGCUGUGUUGAAGGCACGUCGGGGCGAAGCUGAUGCCCAACAUCUUUUUUUCGGCAGGCGUGCCUCAGUCCGUGUUAGCACGCAGCUCACGAAUGCGAUCUACGACAAGGCACUCAAGCAAUCCGGUGUUACGAUGCAAGAGCCAGCGUCCGAGACCGGUCCUGCUGUGGCCUCCCCCAACUCCAAUCAUCCCAAACGAGGCGCAGGUGGUGGGAAGAUCGUCAGUUUGGCGGCGAUAGAUGCUAACAAGGUUUCCGCCAUCAUUGCGAGCGCUUAUCUUCUUUACGGAGGUCCUUUGGAAACCAUCCUUGCGUGCAUUGGGUUGUACAUGCUUUUGGGUUCUGCAGCAUAUGCAGGUCUUGUGGUUAUGUUGUGUGCUUGGGCACUUCAUAUUUGCAUCGCACAACGGCAGGCUCGUUCCCGAGGAGAACUUUCGGCGUCCCGUGAUCGGCGUAUGUCUGCGCUCUAUGAGCUGAUCAAUGCCGUCCGGUUCAUUAAGUUCUUCUCGUUGGAAGAUGAUUGGAUUAAACGAGUCCAACGUGCCCGAAGCGCAGAGAUGGAUUGGUUAGAGCGAUUCCGGAUGAAAUCUGUGCUGUCGACCAUAGUAUGGACAGCAGCUCCUGUGCUAGUAUCCGUCGUCUCUUUCUUUGUUUAUGUCGACCGGGGUUAUCAAUUAACACCUUCAGUUGCGUUUACGACUAUUGCUUUGAUGAGCAUGCUCCGACAACCCCUGAAUGUCUUCCCCAAUUUUCUCGUGCAAGUUCUUGAGGCCCGGCUAUCUCUCGAGCGUAUCGAAGCAUUCCUCAACGAGGAGGAAUUGUCUGAUCUGCCCAGCGGGUGCCCAGAAGAGACCGAUGAUACCAUUGCUGUCAAGAAAGGUCGCUUCAAGUGGAAGAAGGUUUCAAAUGAAAACAUACACCUAUCGCAAGAACAAAAUACCGUGCAACUGACUUUACCAACCGGACGAAACGAAGCUACUCCUUCGGUUUGUCCAGGGAAAAAUGCGUUGACGGAUGGGAAUCGCUUCGAAUUAAGAGAUAUUAACGUGUGUUUCCCAAAGGGCGAGUUAUCACUCGUCACGGGACCCACGGGGUGUGGCAAGACUGCACUGCUGUUGGCAUUGUUGGGGCAAUUGGCCAUGGUCAAAGGAACACUCGUGAAGCCCGGGGGUAUGUUCAACGCACUUUCGACAGCAGAGCCAUUGCGAACCUCCUAUUUAGCGGCGAUUUCGUAUGCUGCGCAGAUUCCGUGGCUGCACAGCGGAACAGUCAAGGAGAACAUCCUGUUUGGAUCCCAAUAUGACGAAGGGAGGUACGAUAAUGUGGUGGAGCGCUGCGCAUUGCGUUCCGAUCUUAACCAGUUGCCGGAGGGCGACCAAACACAAGUUGGUGAUAGGGGUGUGAAUCUAUCAGGAGGACAGAAGGCUCGGAUUGCCCUGGCGCGGGCAGUCUAUGCUCAAACCCAGUACGUUUUGCUGGACGAUCCCUUCAGCGCGAUUGAUACCCAAACAUUGCGCUACUUGUACGAGCGGCUGUUUUGUGGACCACUUUUAGCGGGCCGUACCGUAGUCCUCGUUACCCAUUACGUUGGGCUUGUUCUCCCGAAGGCAAACUAUAUAGUUUGCAUGCAAAACGGCCAGAUCAUCACCAAAGGUCCUGUAAAGGAUCUACGGGAAGAAGGACGUCUGCCUCCGAUAUUGCAGAAUUUGACAGGAGAGUCUCAGGACGUCCAAAUACACCAACUGGUAACUGGUGAUGGUUCCAGGCAGCAGAUACCGGACGAGAGUCCAGGAGGUGUUGCGUUCUCCCCCUAUAAGACCUAUGGCCAAACGUCACCCCGCUGGAUGUGGAUUGCUUUUGUUUGUUUGGUCGUGAUGUCACAAUGUAUGGGCGUGGCUGAGAAGCUUUGGAUACGGGAAUGGGAGAAAGCCUACGGUAAUAACCAGGCAGGCUCUCUGGUGUGGUACGAAUUGAGCAGGAAUGCUUUCCUUGAUUCAGUCAGCAACACCUAUCAACAGACCCUAGCGCUUCUUCCCGACGCGAGCGAUCGCCCACUCCUCUAUGUCGCGCUUUAUGCACUAAUUGCUUUCAUCAUGGCUGUUUCUAGUGUUGUGUCAACCAUAGUGUUGUACACCGCAACUCGAAAAGCAUCAUGUUCACUGUUUUCUCGCCUGCUGGAAGAUAUCGUCCACGCUUCCCUGCCUUGGCAUGACACAACACCUAGAGGUCAAAUUCUAGACCGCUUUAGCAAAGAUAUGCAAGCGAUUGACGUUACCCUCUCUAAUGAUGUGGCUACCGUUGCUGGUGCUUCUGUCAACUUCAUUGCAGCUGUUUUUACUGUCCUGGCAUUCUUUCCUGCGUUCGUCAUUCCAGCAGCAUUUUUUGCCUUCUGCUACCAUUUCGUCGGGACACAAUAUUUAACUGUCAACCGAAAAUUGCUUCGAAUGGAGUCAACUUCCCGGUCUCUUAUCUUUUCUGCCUUUGGAGAGCUUCUGGAUGGUAUCGUGACGAUACAGGCACUUAGGUCUGCACAUCGCUUCAUGGAAGAUUUUCAUCGGAAGGUGGAUGUCGCCAAUAAGAUGCACUACAACUCCUGGAUAACGAAUAGAUGGCUACUCUUUAACUGUGAUGUCCUUGGGGCAUGCGCAGUGUUAGCAACUACGUUACUCGCGUUAUCUGAGCAUGUCGAUGCAGGAACAGCCGGCCUCUGUAUGACCAGUGCAAUGCUUUUCUCGAUGAGCAUGUAUCUCGUCUGCCGAUUCGGGGCGUCCCUCGGGCUUGAGUUGAAUGCCGUAGUGCGAGUGGCGGAAUGCUUGAGUACCAUUGAAGACCCCCAAGCUAUCAGUCAACAUGGCGGAUUUCCCGAUCACCUAUCCAACCUGUCCGUGGAGAAGCUCUGCGCCAAAUACCCUUCACGCCCAGAGCCUGUCUUAAAGAACGUCUCAUUCACCUUGAAUGUACCCGAACGCAUUGCUAUUGUCGGGCGAACGGGAAGCGGAAGGUCCACGCUGGUCAACAGCAUAUUACGAUUCAUCAACCUAUCGGGCGGUCGUGUUGUGAUAGGCGGGAUUGAUUUUUCAACAAUUGAUGCUCGUACUCUGAGAUUACACAUAACCUAUAUCCCUGAGGAUGCCACGUUGUUCUCCGGAACACUACGAGAGAAUGUAGACCCACUCCAUAAGCAUGAGGACGAUGACUGUCUCAAUGCCCUUCGCAGCGUUAGGUUACUACGCGAUAACGACCACGCCUGGCGCAGUUCGAACGAGUCGAGGUGCGGUGAGAAUGACACGAACUCGAGGGCUCCAAUCACGUUGGAUACCCAAGUCGUCCCUGGAGGUGCCAACUUUUCGCUCGGGGAACGGCAACUUAUUGCUAUGGCUCGUGCCUUGUUGAGACGGGAUUCUAUCGUUAUUCUUGAUGAAGCGACAAGUAGCGUCGACUUCGAGACCGACGCAGCAAUACAAGAAACUCUCCGCAAGGAGUUUAAAACUUCUUUGGUUAUCAAUGUUGCACAUAGGCUGAGCACAAUAGUUGACUACGACCGUGUAAUCGUCCUGAAAGACGGACAGGUUGCCGAGUUUGACACGCCACUCAAAUUGAUCAAGAAAGACGGCGGCGUCUUUAAGAAUAUGUGUCUCGAUAGCGAGUCAUACGCUGACAUACGGGCUGCCAUACUGGGAAAGGUGAAGAAGGACCGGCAAAAGGAGCAGUCAUAA